GUGAACAUGUGAAGGAAGCCAGAGCACCGAGCAGAGCGUCAGUCUGUAUCCUGACAGGGGGAGAUAAGGUGGCUGGGGAGCCAGCGGUGCUUUCCUGGAAUACAAUCUCUGUUUGACACUCUCUGCUUAAGCACUGCCCAUCUGUAUGUUAUUGAGCUGGAGCCUCUGGGGAAAAAGAGGAGCCACAGGCACAGAGUGAACGAGGGAGGCAGCAAAAGCGCUUUUCUUCCCUUCUUUUCCUUUUUUUUUUCUUUCUUUUUUUUUUUCUCCUUUUAAAUAAGGAUCUGGUUAGACUGCCUUGAAGUGCCACAUCUGGAAACUGAACGCUGAAAGAAAGUUAAAAUAACUGAGGCACCACUAAGCCAAGGGGGGCUGAUUGCAGAAGAGGGUAAACAAUUACUGAGACGCUAGAAGACCACUGCUGGAUGUAAGGGGAGGAAAUGGCUUUGAUCUCCGCCUGGCCCCUCGUUUCUCCUAUAUUAUUCCUUUUGAGAUGCUUCUCCUCCAGCACAGCCUCGAGUGAGGGAGGCGUUUUUCAGUUUGACAUUGAAGGUAGCUCAGCGGUCAGCACGCAAGAAGCCACUGUUAUCAGAGGGCAGCAGCAGGCAGUAGCUACUGGAAGUUGGGUGCCUUUUGCUGAGGGAUGCCAAGAAGGAUUUUACCGUACCAGCUCAGGAAAAUGCUCUCCUUGCAACUGUAAUGGUAAUGCAAACAGAUGCCUUGAUGGAUCUGGAAUCUGUGUGGACUGCCAGAGAAACACAACAGGACAGCACUGCGAGCAAUGUCCAGAUGGCUUCAUCGGUGAUGUUGUCAGAGGAGUGCCCACGUUCUGCCAGCCCUGUCCCUGCCCCCUGCCAGCACUUGCCAACUUUGCAGUCUCCUGUUACAGAAAAAGUGGAAACGUGCGUUGUGUCUGUAAGGAAAACUAUGCAGGACCCAACUGUGAAAGGUGUGCCCCCGGUUACUAUGGGAACCCUUUGCUAAUUGGAAGCACUUGUAAAAAAUGCGACUGCAGCGGCAACUCAGACCCAAACCUGAUUUUUGAAGACUGCGAUGAAGUGACUGGCCAGUGCCGCAACUGCCUGCGCAACACCACCGGGUUCAAGUGCGAACGAUGCGCUCCGGGUUACUAUGGGGAUGCCAGAUUCGCUAAAAACUGUACAGAAUGUAACUGUGGAGGGAGAAUGUGUGACAGCCAGACUGGAGAAUGCCUCGCAGACAGUCCUGAAGUUUCUACUGGCACAGACUGCCCAACCAUCAGCUGCGAUAAAUGUAUUUGGGAUUUGACAGAUGACAUCCGAUUAGCAGUUCUGGCUAUCGAUGAAAGCAAAUCAACUUUACUGAGCAUUUCUACAGGUGUUGCAGCUCAAAAGCGCUUGAAUGACCUGAACCUCACUACCACCCAUCUCCAGGCAGCAAUGUCCAAGAAAAAGAACCAUGCUGUGCUUUGGACCAUCGAGGUUGAUGACACUGCAGACGAAAUGAAUGACCUCCUAAGAGAGGCGGCAACACUUGAUGAACAGGGAAAUGAAGCAUCCAGCAAAGGCCUACUGAUACAGAAGGAAACCAUGGAGACCAACAACCGUGCUACUCAGCUUGUGCAGCAGCUCAGUAAUAUGAGGGAUAACAUUCAAGAAAUCAGCAGCAAGAUGAAAUACUAUGCAAUUCAACAAGAGCUGAGCCCUGAAGAAAUUGCCCAGAAGCUGAGUGAGGCUGAGGAGAUGCUGAAGGAGAUCAAACGCCGUAAGCCUUUCACUGAUCAGAGGCAACUUGCAGAUAAGGAGGAAAACAAAGCGGAGGAGCUGCUACAGCAAGUUGAAGAGUUUCACGAGAAGUACAAUGACACCAGAUCUCUAGUAUCUGAUGUGCUGGAGCAGCUCAGCGAGCAGGACAUGAAGCUGUCAGACCUGGAGGAGGCAUUAGACCAGGCACUUGACUACGUUAUGCAAAUGGAGGACAUAAAUAAGGAAAACACAGCCAAUCUUCAAAGGCGUGAGAAAGAACAUGAGAAAAUAAAAGAGCAAACAGAUGAACUGAACGGCAUUCUGCUAAGUGCCACGACUAUUUUGGCAGGACCACAAAAGGUCAGCUCUGAGCUAAGUGAGGUAAUAAAGAAUGUGUCAGGCUUCUACGCAGAAAUAGAUGGAGCGAAAAAGGAAUUACAAGAAAAAAUAGCCAAUCUGUCUCUGUUUGAUGAUGAUUUGGUAGAAAAGGCUAUGCAUCAUGCACACAACCUAAGAAGACUUGCUGAUGAGCUGGACCGGAAUUUGUAUGGUGUUGACACAAAUGGGCUGGUACAAAGGGCAAUAAAUGCUUCAAAUGCGUAUGAAAACAUUGCCAGUUAUAUUGAAGAAGCUAAUAAAGCUGCAUUGCUGGCUCUGAACACAACAAACCGGGUCAACGAUGCUGCAGUUGGAAUUGAUACUCAGACCAUUUACCAUAAAGGUAAAAGUGAAGAACUUCUCAACCAAGCCAUGGAGCUACAACGGACGGCAGAUGACAGUAACGAUUUAACCAUCGCAGACACUAGCCAGCAUGUUAAUGGCACUCUUGCCAGAAUGAAUGUUCUGCGAAGCCAACUGAUGAGAGCCAUCACAAACAUGGAAUCAGCAGACCCAGUGGAGGCCAGAAAGCGUUUGGAGCAAGCUAAACUGAAGACUGCAGAGGUCAUGAGUGCUACCAUGACAGUAUCACAGGCUACGACCCCCAUGCAUGAGAACGUGAGGUUGUGGUCUCAGAAUGUGCAAGACUUCCAGCAUGGUUCAGCAGCGUACAAGAGUGCUGUGCAUUCAGCUGGGGAUGCAGUGAGAAAACUUACAGAAGUCUUCCCUCAACUCCUGGACAAACUGCACAGAGUAGAACAGAAGGCACCAGCAAACAAUAUUUCUUCCAGCAUUCAGCGGAUCAGAGAGAUAAUUGCUCAAACCAGGAGCGUAGCAAGCAAGGUCCAAGUUUCUAUGAUGUUUGGAGGCCAAUCAGCUGUUGAAGUCAAUCCAAAGAUCAACGUGGAGGAACUGAAAUCUUUCACUUCCAUGAGCUUGUACAUAAAGCUUCAGAAAGACAACCCAGAACUGGCAGCAUCUCCAGACAGAUUUAUUUUGUACCUCGGAAACAAAAAUGCAAAAAAUUACAUUGGUCUUGCAAUUAAAAAUGACAACCUUGUGUACAUUUACAAUCUGGGGGACCAAGACAUGGAGAUACCUCUGGAUGCAAAGCCAGUCAGCACCUGGCCUUCCUACUUCAGCAUCAUCAAAAUUGAGAGGAUUGGAAGACAUGGCAAAAUGUUUUUAACUGUGCCCAGUCUUAGCAGCACAGCAGAAGAAAAAUUCAUCAAAAAGGGAGAGGUUCUUGGUCCUGGCUCUCUCCUGAAUUUGGAACCUGAAAACGCUGUUUUCUACGUUGGCGGAGUGCCUCCAGACUUCAAGCUCCCUCCUAGUUUAAACCUGCCUGGCUUCAUCGGUUGCCUGGAACUGGCUACCCUGAACGAUGAUGUGAUCAGCCUAUACAACUUCAAGCACGUCUAUAACAUCGACACCACCACAUCGCCACCUUGUGCCAGAAAUAAGUUGGCUUUCACUCAGAGCCGGGCUGUGAGCUAUUUCUUUGACGGCUCUGGCUAUGCCUUGGCAAGAAACAUUGAGAGAAGGGGAAGAUUCAGCCAGGUGACUCGGUUUGACAUAGAAGUUCGAACGCCUACAGACAACGGAUUGAUCCUGCUGAUGAUUAAUGGGAGUAUGUUCUUCAGUCUAGAGAUGCACAACGGUUUCUUGCACCUCCGCUAUGACUUUGGCUUCAGCACCGGCCCUGUGCUGCUAGAGGACUCCAUGAGGAAGGCUCAGAUUAAUGACGCUAAAUUUCAUGAGAUUUCUAUUAUAUAUCACAAUUCUAAGAAGAUGAUCUUGGUAGUAGACAGGCGACAUAUAAAAAGUGUGGACAAUGAAAGAACAGCAAUGCCAUUCACAGACAUCUACAUUGGAGGAGCGCCUGCUGAGAUCUUGCACUCCAGCAUUAGCUCACAUCUGGCAGGAAAUAUCGGCUUUAAAGGCUGCAUGAAGGGUUUCCAGUUCCAAAAGAAGGAUUUCAACUUGUUAGAAGAACCAGGAACCCUGGGAAUCAGCUAUGGAUGCCCAGAGGAUUCACUGAUGUCCCGCAAAGCAUAUUUCAAUGGAGAGAGCUUCAUUGCAUCAAGCCAAAAAGUGUCCCUCUUUAGUGAAUUUGAAGGAGGCUUUAAUUUCCGGACAUUGCAGCCCAACGGGCUGCUGUUUUACUACUCUGAAGGAUCAGAUGUAUUAUCAAUCUCUAUGGACAGAGGUGCUGUUGUUCUAAAUGCAAGUGGAACCAAAAUUCAAUCACCAGACCGAAAUUACAAUGAUGGAAAAACCCACUUCAUCAUUACAUCUGUCACCCCAGAAAGAUAUGAGCUGACUGUUGACGACAAGAAACAAAGUAAGAAGAACCCAGCAAAGGACAGAGCAGGGAAAAGCCCAGACAGCAUCAAGAAGUUUUAUUUUGGUGGCUCUCCCCUCAGAACGCAGCAAGCCAACUUCACUGGCUGCAUAAGCAACGCUUACUUCACUAGGUUGGAUCGAGAGGUUGAAGUGGAAGAUUUCCAGCAGUACUCUGAGAAAGUUCAAACUUCUUUGUAUGGAUGCCCUGUUGAAUCUCCUCCAGUUGCUCUUCUCCAUAAGAAAGGAAAAAACUCGUCAAAAGCCAAAGGAAACCGUAAUAAAAAGGUGGGAAGAGAUAAAGACAAGAUUUCACAGCCUUCGAAUGGCCUAAAAAAACUGUAUCAAGAAGCCAAUAUUCAAAGAGACCCUCAGUGCCACUUGCCCAUGAAUCCCAAGGCAACUGAACAUGCAUAUCAGUUUGGAGGAACAGCAAACAGCCGGCAAGAAUUUGACCACAUACCAAAGGAUUUCAGUGAAAGAGCUCAAUUCUCUAUCAGUCUGAAAACUCACUCCUCUCAUGGAAUGAUUUUCUACAUCUCGGAUCAAAAAGAGACCAACUUCAUGGCCCUUUUCGUUGCUCAUGGCCGACUCAUUUUUAUGUUUAAUGCUGGUCAUCAGAAGAUAAGGAUUAAGAGCCAAGAGAAAUACAAUGAUGGCCUUUGGCAUAAUGUGAUAUUUAUUAGAGGCAAAAAUAUUGGUCGCUUGAUAAUUGAUGGUCUCCGAGUACUGGAAGAACCUUUCAACGGUAAUGCCAAUACCUGGCAAGUCACUGAACCACUCUAUAUUGGGGGUGUAGCUCCCGGAAAAGCUGUAAAAAAUAUCCAGAUUAACUCUGUCUACAGUUUUAGUGGUUGUCUCAGCAAUUUACAGCUCAAUGGAAGAUCAAUUACUUCAGCUUCACAGACAUUUAGUGUAACACCUUGCUUUGAAGGCCCAUCAGAAGCAGGAACAUACUUUUCAUCAGAAGGAGGAUAUGUCAUCCUUGAUGAAUCCUUCAGUUUAGGCCUGAAAUUUGAAGUUGUUUUUGAAAUACGUCCCCGAAGCAGCUCAGGAAUUCUACUGCAUGGUCACAGCGUGAAUGGAGAGUACUUGAAUAUGCACAUGAGAAAUGGACAGGUUACUGUGAAACUGAACAAUGGAAUCAGGGAUUUUUCAACUUCAGUGACACUGAAACAGAGUCUCUGUGAUGGCAGGUGGCACCGAAUUGCAGUUAUUAGAGAUGCUAAUGUGGUGCAGUUGGAUGUAGACUCUGAAGUCAACCAUGUGGUAGGGCCUCUAAAUCCAAAGGCAACUGAUCACAGGGAGCCAGUGUUCAUUGGAGGUGUACCAGAGUCUCUGCUAACAUCCAGCCUGACUACACGCAACUCUUUCAUUGGCUGUAUUCGUAACUUCAUGAUUGAUGAAAAACCAGUGAGUUUUAGUAAAGCAGCUUUGGUUAGUGGUGCUGUAAGCAUCAAUACCUGUCCAGCGGCCUGAUAGUGCACUGCAUCAAUCCCGUAAAGUUCCUUAGACCACAGAAAGAAAAAUAGAACAAAAGAAACCAUGCUCAUCAACAGAAGAAUGAAAACAUCAAGGAUCCAUCUACAGGAAACAGUAUGUUUAAGGGUCACUUCUAACGUUUAUGUGCAAACAAAAA